GGCUGCCUCACUCUGCGGUCCAUACUUGCUUAGGCCACCCGCCUUGCGUUUCCAGUCGCCCCUGGUUCACAAUGGUGAAGCACUACAGACCUCCCGGGAAGAAAAAGGAGGGAAACGCGGCCAAAUAUGUCACCAGGUCACAGGCACUCAAGCUACUCCAGAUCAGUCUACCCCUUUUCAGGAGACUCUGCAUUUUCAAAGGUAUUACCCCACGGGAGCCAAAGAAAAAGUUUAAAGGAACCCAUCAUACUUAUUACCAUGUGAAGGAUAUCGCUUUUCUUCACCAUGAACCGUUGGUUGAAAUACAUAGAGCAAUAAAAACGCAUGAGAGAAAGAUAAAGAAAGCAGAGGCAAAGAAAAACUUGGAACGUGCAAACAAGUUGCGUGAACUAACACCCAAAAUCAGGCUAGAUAGGAUUAUAAAGGAGAGGUAUCCAAGGUUCGUUGAUGCACUUGGAGAAUUAGAUGACUGUCUUACAACAGUGCAUCUUUUUGCAGCACUACCUGCAUUAGAGAGCAAAAAAAUUGAUGUGGAAUCUGUUCAUAAAUGUCGGAGAUUGGCACAUGAAUGGCAAGCUUUCAUUUCUCGCACUCAUAAGUUGAGAAAAACUUUUGUAUCCGUCAAAGGAAUAUACUACCAGGCUGAAGUUGAGGGUCAGACAAUAACAUGGAUUACACCACAUCCAUUACAGCAAGUUGUGCCUGAUACUGUUGACAUCACCACCAUGCUAAACUUUCUGCAAUUUUAUGAGACUCUCCUUGGUUUUGUGAAUUUUCGCCUCUAUCAUUCUAUAAAUGUGAAAUAUCCCCCAAUACUGGAUCCUCGGUUGGAAGCUUUGGCAGCAGAUCUUUAUGCAUUGUCUAGAUAUGUUAGUACCAGUGCUAGACCAUCUAUAACAAAUUCUGAAGCUGUUCAUUUGGAUGGAUCCGAUGAAGUUGAGGCCAAGCAAAAUGAAGCCCAGACUGAAGAUGAAAAGUCCAAACUAAGACUUGCUCAACUUCAGCAUCAACUUCCUUUAAAUGAACCUGGUUCACUAAUGCACCUUGUUGAAGAUAUAUCUGGUGAAGAUGAGGAGGAUCAAGAUACUAAGGAGUGCAAAAAUCUCUUCAAAGAUAUGAAAUUCUUCCUGAGUAGGGAGGUACAAAAUCAAGUCACUGCUUUUGUUAUUCCUUCCUUUGGUGGUACCGUUUCAUGGGAUGGGGAGGGAGCACCUUUUGGAGAAUCUGAUCAGAGCAUCACUCAUCAGAUUGUUGACAGAGAAGUACAAGGGCAUAUGUUCUUCUCUAGAGAAUACGUUCAACCCCAAUGGAUAUAUGAUUGUGUGAAUGCACGUAUCGUUUUGCCAACUGAGGAUUAUAUGGUUGGAAGGAUCCCUCCGCCACACUUGUCACCUUUUGUUGACAAUGAGGAAGAAGGAGCUUAUGUUCCUGACUAUGCAAAGACCAUCAAGCGAUUGCAAGAUGCUGCGAGAAAGGAAGUUCUUCCACUUCCAGGUGUUGGAAAGGAAGAUCUGGAUGAUCCUCAAAAUUUACUGGUUGAAGGCAUUAUUGAUCGAGCAGAGGCCAAUGAAGCUGCUCAGAGAAAGCAAAAGAUGAAGAUUCUUGAGCAGCAGUACCAUGAUGAACUGAAAAAGGAACUUCAGGGUGUUUCAUACGCUCCCAUGGGUUCCAAUGUUGAUGAACAGAAAUCUACUGGAGAAAUUAAGAUUGGGGAAGAAUCCUCUUCUAAUAUCAAACAAAAUGUUGAAGAUAGUGCAAACAUGCCUCUGGUUAUGAUGUCUCGUAAAAAGAGGAAGCUCUUAGAAGCCAUGCAGAUAUCCAAUGAACGAAAGCGGGCCGCAAAUGAUGUUAUCAAGCAGCGGAAGAAAAAGCUGGAGGAAGCCAAGCGAUGAGGGAGUAGAAAUGUUUCUUUUUUUUCUUUUUUCUUUUUAAAUUAAAAGACGGGUGAAAAACCCAAUAGUUGAGGCAAAGUAGUUCCCCUCAUUGAUGAUUUUCCAUUCUCGCAAAAUUUUUGAUGCCUGUGAUCUGGGGUAUAUCAGAUCUAGAGAGGGCCUGAUCAUACUUGUUUUCAGGUAGAGCGUCAUGUCGAACAAUGCAAUUUUGAUGUUGUACGGGAUGAAAUGGCACGAGUUAUAAUGCCCAUUCGAAAAUAUGUUCCCACCUUUACUGAUUCA